AAUCCACACCUUGACACAUCUAUCUAUCAAGUGGAGUUCGAGGAUGGGAAGGUGGAAAGCUUCUAUGCAAAUCAGAUUAUUGAAGGGAUAAUGAUGAAUGUCGAUGAUGAAGGUAACACGAUGUACCAGAUUCGCGAAUUUAUUGAUCAUCAACGUGAUGGACGAGCAGUUAAAGGGGACAACGGAUGGUAUACUACCUCCAACGGUCUCAAGCGUCCACAAAAGACAACUAAAGGAUGGAAAUUAUUAGCUGAAAUGAAAGGUGGAGAAACCAAAUGGCUUGAUCUAUCAGUAGCAAAAGAAGCGUUUCCUAUUGAGGUCGCUGAACAUGCUGUUGCAAACAAGCUUGUGUCAGAGCCUGCCUUUGCGUGGUGGGUUCCCUACACUCUAAGGAAGCGUGAUCGAGUUUUGAAAGCUGUUAAGCGCCAUGCUGUGAAAAGACAGAAGCCAGAAAAGUUUGGUAUUGAAGUGCCUGGUCCUGGGCCAAAAGGUGUUGCACGUGUGUAUGAACUUGAUUCUGAGAAUGGUACCUCGCAUUGGAAUGAUGCUUUGAUCAAAGAGGUCAAGACAAUUCUGUCAGCUUUGAAGAUUCUGGAAGAAGAUGAAGAUGUUCCCGUUGGAUACCAGCUCAUUGAGCUUAUGACUGUCUUUGAUGUCAAGAUGGAUCUCACAUGGAAGGCACGCAUAUGUGCUAGAGGGGACCAGACUGACCCUCCAAUGUCUGUCACCUAUGCAAGUGUUGUGACAAGGGAAAGUAUUCGACUUGCUUUUGUUAUUGCUGCUUUGAAUGGUUUGAAUGUUUUGAGUGCUGAUGUCUCCAGUGCAUAUCUGAACGCCAAAUGUGCCAAGAAAGUUUAUUGUAUUUUAGUGAAGGAGUUUGGAGAGUAUGCCAGGAAGAAAGCUAUCGUAGAUAAGGCCGUUUACGGACUCGAAAGUUCGGGAUUCGCAUGGAGGAGCCUCUGUGCAGACGUUUUGAAGGAACAAUUGGAGUUCCAACCAUGUCGCGGAGAUAUGGAUGUUUGGCAUCGUCCUUGUCAACGCAAAGAUGGUUUGAAGUAUUAUGAGUAUAUUUUAGUCUAUACUGAUGAUGUCAUUGCAAUUUCGGAGAAUCCAAAAGCUAUUAUGGACAAACUCAACAAUUUCUUUGUGUUAAAACCUGAUUCAAUAAAAGAGCCAACCACGUAUCUUGGUGCAACAAUCUUGAAGCACAAGUUGGAUGGUGAUGAUUAUUUCACCUGGGCUAUUGGAUCCAAAGCAUAUCUACAAGAGUCAUUACGAGUUGUCAAGAAGCGAAUUGCGCCAAUGCAACUGACUUUGAAGAAAAAGGUUUAUUCAACUUUACCCACUGGAUACAAGCCGGAACUUGAUUCUACUCCUUUUGUCAAUGAUG